UGCAUGUGAUCAAGGGCGCAGAGAAAAUGCAAUUUGCGAUUGGCUCAUCUGCUUCAAGGAGUGGUCUAACAACAUAACCCGGAAACGACGGAGGAACCAUAAGCUGUCAUGGCUGGAGCUGGAGGUGACAAGCCAUCCGCCGACGCCGGCCCAAGCCCUUUAUCUCGGGUUUUGAGAAUCAGUCAGCUGGAUGCUUUUGAACUGGAUGGCGCACUGGAACAGCUCGUUUGGUCACAGUUCACCCAAUGUUUCCAGCAUUUCAAGCCCGGGCUCCUAACCCCCGUGGAACCAGAACUGAAGGCCCUGCUACAGCUUCUCCUCUGGAGGUUCACCGUCUACUCCAACAGCGCCACCGUGGGCCAAUCGCUGCUCAAUAUACGAUACAAGGAUGCUCGCGUGCCGGGUCAUAAAUACAGGCCCAUGAGCCGGCAGAAGAAGCUUUGGUUUGCUUUGCUCACUGUUGGUGAAAAAUGGUUGAAGGAACGUUCCCAUAGCUUGUUUCUUAACCACCCUGCAGAGUCCAGCAUACACAAAGCACGCAAACUGCUGUCUGUUGUAAUGGGGCUCACCAAAGCGGCCAGCUUGGUUAACUUUCUUUUGUUCCUUCAGACAGGAACCUUUCCUACCCUAACAGAAAGAUUGCUGAGAGUGCAGCCUGUAUUCAUCCGACCUCAAGGACCAAGGGACGUCAACUUCCAAUUUCUGAACCGGGAGCUUUUGUGGCACGGGUUUGCCGAGUUCCUCAUUUUCCUGCUGCCUCUUAUUAACGUGUGGAAGCUGAAGGUCUACGUGUCCACCAUGUUCUCCCCUCUGAAUGAGUUGAGGAGACGUUCAGAGGUCACCUACUGCACGGAGUGUGCCAUCUGCAGGGAGUGGCCCACAAUGCCCCACUCCAUCGGCUGCAACCACGUGUUCUGCUACUAUUGCCUGAAGAGCCACGCCAUCGCCGACAUCUCCUUCACCUGCCCUAAAUGUGGUGCGGAUGCGGCAACGAUGGAGCCGGUCAGGCUUCAGAUAGAGAUGACUGAGUUGCAUCAGAGUUGAGUUCCCGCAGGAACGCCUUGGAUUGACUUGAUCUCGAGUUCUUCCGCCGUAUGUGUAUUUCAAGUCGAACGUUUGAGUCGAUCACAGAGAUUGGUUGAUGAAAGCGUACGUCCCGUGCCUUUUUUUCCAAACGAGAGUAUUUGUUGCCAUGAAAUAUGCAGGGUUUUGUACAAAGACUGACUGGAGACAAAAUUAAUGAUGUAAAAUUCUCAAACAACAUCAUUUGUGUCGCUAAUUUAUUCAUCCUCAUUAAAGUUUGAUGAAAACCGCCUAUCAGAGGUCCACUUUUCUGCGUUCUCAGAUGGAACGCCGAGCAAAUGAAUAAACAUCAAAACAACCCUUCGCUCAACUGCCUGCACGAUCCAAUUCCCCUCAUCCCCUAUGAAGUGAAAAAUUUGCACAAGAUCAAGGAGAGGCCGUGAUAGCACCAGGGGGGUCAUUGGGUUGGAUGCAGAUUGACAGACGUUCCAUUAUAAUCUCCUUGGCCCUUCUUAAUACGCCAGUAAACUGUAACAAACCCAAGUAGGACCAAUGCACAUUUCAGGCAUAUUAAGCUCUAAGCCUCAUAAUGACGGCAAAGAUGGGUAUUUAUUCUAAUGUUAACCCUCUCCAGUGAGCCAUGCCUCGGGCCAAACACAUCCAAAUGUGCUCAGGCCUGCUGGAAUCUCUCACUUCAUUUUCUUUUCUUUUUUGACCACAUUGACUUAAUUGCCCAUUGUGAAGGCAAUCAGUCACUUCUUGGGGUCCUGUGGUUUUCUGUAUUUUGUCUUUUUUUGUAAUCGCUUUAAUAAUGUUUGCUGUGAAAAGACGAAUUUUUGGAACGUGGAACGCUACUCUGCCCUAGUGUGUGUUCAUUGAUGUUAUGCGUACAGUCAAAUACACAGGACCACCAAGAAGUCUAGUUCUCACUCUAUGCGGUACUAUCCAAGUUUACUCAUGCACUUGGUUCAAAAGAUAUUUAAUGUGAAACAGAAUAGAUUCAUAAGCUUUGUUUUGUUUCACAGGAUUAAAGGAAUUAGCCGCCACUGUUCUGGAAAUGUCCUCCAGUAACGGACGCAUAUUUACAAUAUGCACGACAUAUGGUUCUGUUUUUUUAGGCAGGUCCACGGAUAAAACUGAGAGUGAGUUUAUUUCGGUAUUGAACAUUACUUUUAAGAUCAAAAGUCUGAAGUCUUUGCCAAGUUUAUAGAAAAAUUUGGAUUUGCUUUCUGUGUGCAUUUCACAAAGCUGUGGCUUUUUUGUUGUUUUGUGUUUGUUUUGAAAUAAACAA